AUGGCCCCAGCAAUUGUGGAAAGACACAGACCAAAGACGCCUGGUGCAGAAUUCGACUACACUACAAAGUCCAAUUAUAAGGAUGUUCACGUCAACAACACUGUGCUGGACGUGGAGAUCCUCUUCAACGAGAAGAAGAUUGUUGGUAAUGUGACUUAUGACCUGACAAGUGUGAAGGAACUGUCGCAAUUGACUCUGGACAUGUCAUACAUCAAGGUUAACAGUGUGAAGGUUAACAAGGUUGCAGCAACUUUCUCUGUUGCUAAGAGGGAAGAACCAUGGGGCACCCCAAUCACUUUCGAUACAAACAUCCCCGUCGAUUCUAAAGUCACAGUGUCCUUGGACUUUGAGACAACACAAGAGUCGACUGCGAUUCAAUGGUUGAAGACCGACCCAGCCACCAAGGAAGCAUCAGACUACGUCUUUACACAGUUAGAACCUAUCCAUGCCCGUGCGCUGUUCCCAUGUUUUGACACUCCAUCUGUUAAGUCAACAGUGGAUGCAACCAUCAGAUCGACAAAGCCUGUUGUGUUCUCUGGCCUACCACUGCAUUCAGACCAGACUGGUGUGUAUAGAUUUGAACAGAAAAUCCCUAUUCCUUCAUACCUAUUUGCAAUCGCAUCUGGUAACAUUGCUCACACGAAGGGAGGUCCACGUUCUACCAUCUAUGCGGAGCCUGAUCGUCUUGAAGAUUCGAAGAACGAAUUCAAGGAGGACUUGGAGAAAUUCAUCGAAACUGCGGAAAAGAUUGUCACUCCAUACAUCUGGACCACUUAUGACAUAUUGAUCAACCCUGCUUCGUUCCCAUAUGGUGGUAUGGAGAAUCCAAACAUUACCUUCGUCACUCCUACCCUUAUCUCCUACGAUAAAUCCCAGGUUGAUGUUAUUGCCCAUGAAUUGGCCCAUUCAUGGUCAGGUAACAACGUUACCAAUGCUAAUUGGCAACAUUUUUGGUUGAAUGAAGGGUGGACUGUCUACCUCGAGAGACGUAUCGUUGGUGAGAUCCAUGGUGAAACGAUGAGACAGUUCCACUUCAUCAUGGGCUGGAACGACUUGAUCGAAUCGGUGAAUUCUUUGCCAAAGUUUGAGUAUUCCAAACUCGUUCAGGAUUUACGCAAGGGUGAAAUCGACCCAGAUGACGUUUUCAGCUCUGUCCCAUACGAGAAGGGUUCGAAUUUCAUCUACCAUCUGGAGACCCAGCUCGGUGGUGUUGAAGAGUUUGAUCCAUUUAUCAAGUUUUACUUCACAGAGUUUUCCAAGCAGAGUAUCGAUACUUAUCAAUUUGUCGAUUCUCUUUACAAAUUCUAUGGGAAGGACCCUUCAAAGAUCGCCAUCUUGGAUAACAUCGACUGGGAAUUAUGGUUGUACACACCAGGGUUGCCACCAAGGGCACCAUUUGAUACGACUUUAGUCGAUCAAGUUGAAGAGCUCGUUAACGCAUGGAUCUCCAAGGCCACUGUGUUCACCACAGUGGAUGAGUUCGCCGAAUAUUUCCAAGCUGGUGAGCUAUCCAAGGUUUACCAAGGGCUAUCGUCACCACAGAAGAUCUUCUUCAUCGACGAGCUAUUGGAGAAGAGACCGAAACCAGCCUUCUGGAAGGAGCAUUCAGUCGCAUCCGAUGCACUCAUCUCCAUCUACAAAGACCUCAACGAGUCCAGAAACACAGAGAUCAUCUUCCGCUGGUACAAGCUGAAGCUGCUAAGUGCUAAGACUCAAUACUACCAGCCUUUAGCGGACUGGCUGGGAACCGUCGGCCGUAUGAAAUACGUCAGACCAAGCUAUAAGCUGCUCAACACCGUGGACCAUGAACUGGCAAUCAAGACGUUCGAAAAGUACAGAGAAAGAUACCAUCCAAUCGCAGCCAACAUGAUUCAGAAGGACUUGGGAUUGUAA